GUGGUACUUCUACGUUCACAGGCCUCUAGCAACAAACGGCGGGGAGUUUUGUUUGUGUUUAUUUAUAUUUAUUUAUUUGUGUCACAUUCAUUUUAUUCCGCCCCGGAAGUAACGCUACUGUUGUCAACGCUGUUAGCGCCAGAGCGAAUCCCCGCUAGUAACUGUUAGCGUAUUUCAGCUAACGAUGGUCCGUUAGCGUCUGUUAGCUCGCGUUAGCUUCGACUUGUGACCCCGUUAGCUUAAACCACAGCUGCCGUAAACAAGAGGAGAAAUGGGUGAAGCUGGACACGGACUUCCGGUCAGUGUUAGCCGUUAGCUCGACUCAAAACUAACGAACAUCAUGAUGAAGCAGGAGAGUGUGCGUGAAGACAGACGCCCUCUAGCGGACUGUUCUGCAGACGUCCAACAUCUGCUGCUGAUCAAAGAAGAGCUUCACACUGAGGUGAUGACCCGUCCAGAUCAGGAGGAGCCAGAGAAUCCUCACAUCAAAGAGGAACAGGAAGAUCUCUGGACCAAUCAGGAGGAAGAGCAGCUUCAUGACACGGAGGAGGCUGAUGAUGGAAAGUUCUCGCUCACUGUUGUUCAAGUGAAAACUGAAGAUGACCCAGAGAGUCCUGACAUCAAAGAGGAACAGGAAGAUCUCUGGACCAAUCAGGAGGUCCAUGGCAGCAAGUUCUCGCUCUCUAUCGUCCACGUGAAGACGGAAGACGAUGAGGACGAACCUCAGUCCUCACAGCUUCAGGACAGCAGAGAGGCAGAGCCUCCAGACACUGAUGGAGAUGAUCAUCUUCACUCUGAUAAAGAAGACCACGAGACUUCAGAAUCCUGUGAGACUGAAGACAGUGAGGAUUAUGAGAAGGAGACCAGAGCUCCUGACCAACGUCAGCCUCACGGACACAAACAGAGAGUUUCUACAGGAGAGAAACCGUUUGUCUGCGACGUCUGUGGGAAAAGAUUCACAACAAAGAGUGACGUUAAGAGACACAUGGUGGUCCACACUGGAGAGAAACCCUUUCACUGUGAUGUUUGUGGGGAAAGAUUUACACAGAAGUCAAUUCUGAAGAGACACAUGGUGGUCCACACUGGAGAGAAACCGUUUCACUGUCACGUUUGUGGGAAAAGAUUCACACAGAAAGGUACUCUUGAUGUGCAUAUGCUGAUCCACACAGGAGAGAAACCAUACAUCUGUGAUGUCUGUGGGAAAAGAUUUAUGACAAAGAGUGAUGUUAAGAGACACAUGGUUGUCCACACCGGAGAGAAACCGUUCAGCUGUGAUGUUUGUGGGGAAAAAUUUACACAGGCAAGUUUUCUGAAGAAGCAUGCGAGAAUUCAUACAGGAGAGAAACCGUACGGCUGUGACGUCUGUGGAAGCAGAUUCACAGCAAAGUGCAAUCUUAAGAGACACAUGAUGAUCCACACUGGAGAGAAGCCGUUCAGCUGUGACGUCUGUGGGGAAAGAAUGAAACAGAAGAAUUCUCUCGAGGUGCAUAUGAGACUUCAUACAGGAGAGAAACCACACAGCUGCGAUGUUUGUGGGAAACGAUUCCGACAGAAAUCUAUCCUUAAGAGACACGUGAUGGUUCAUACAGAAGAGAAACCGUGUAGCUGUGACAUCUGUGGGAAAAGAUUCCCAUUAAAGAGUGACGUUAAGAAACACCUGAGGGUUCACACGGGAGAGAAACCGUGUCGCUGCGAUGUUUGUGGGCAAAAGUUUAAACAGAAGAAUUCUCUGAAGAUGCACAUGAAACUUCACACAGGAGAAAAGUCCCUUGGCUCAAAGCUAACGAACAGAAUGAUGAAGCAGGAGCGGCUGCGUGAAAACAGACGCCCUCUAGCGGACUGUUCUACAGAUGUCCAACAUCGGCUGCUGAUCAAAGAAGAGCUUCACACUGAGAUGAUGACCCGUCCAGAUCAGGAGGAGCCAGAGAAUCCUCACAUCAAAGAGGAACAGGAAGAUCUGUGGACCAAUCAGGAGGAAGAGCAGCUUCAUGACACGGAGGAGGCUGAUGAUGGAAAGUUCUCACUCACUGUUGUUCAAGUGAAAACUGAAGAUGACCCAGAGAGUCCUGACAUCAAAGAGGAACAGGAAGAUCUCUGGACCAAUCAGGAGGUCCAUGGCAACAAGUUCUCGCUCUCUAUCGUCCACGUGAAGACGGAAGACGAUGAGGACGAACCUCAGUCCUCACAGCUUCAUCGAAGUCAACCUGAGGACAGCAGUGAGGCGGAGCCUCCAGACACUGAUGGAGAUGAUCAUCUUCACUCCGACAAAGAAGACAACGAGACUUCAGACUCGUCUGAGACUGAAGACAGUGAGGACGAUGGUUUGGAGGAGACCAGAGCUCCUGACCAACGUCAGCCUCACAGACACAAACAGAGAGUUUCUACAGGAGAGAAACCGUUUGUCUGCGACGUCUGUGGGAAAAGAUUCACAAAGAAGUCUAAUCUGAGCCGACACACAGUAAUCCAUUCAGAAGAGGAAUCCUGUAGCUGCGACGUCUGUGGGAAAAGAUUUUCACAUCAGGGUUCUCUGAAGAUCCACAUGAGCGUUCAUACAGGAGAGAGACAGUGUGGCUGUGACACGUGUGGGAAAACCUUUACAAAAAAGUCUAAUCUUAAACGACACAUGGUGGUCCAUUCAGACGAGGAACCGUGCAGCUGUGAUGUUUGUGGGAAAAGAUUCACACAGAGGUGUUCUCUCAAGAUCCACAUGAGAAUUCAUACAGGUGAGAGACCCUGUGGCUGUGAAUUCUGUGGGAAAACCUUUAAACAGACGAGUGCUCUCAAGACGCACAUGAUGAUCCACACCGGAGAGAAACCGUGUCGCUGUGAUGUUUGUGGGAAAAGAUUUACAAAGAAAAGUGACGUCAAGAGACACAUGAUGGUCCACACAGAAGAGAAACCCUACAGAUGUGAUAUGUGUGGGAAAAGAUUUAAAGAGAAGUCCACUCUAAAGAGACACAUGGUGGUCCACAGCGGAGAGAAACCGUGCAGCUGUGAUGUUUGUGGGGAAAGAUUUACACAGAAGUCUAUUCUUAAAAGACACAUGAUGGUCCACACUGAGGAGAAACCCUGUCGCUGUGACGUCUGUGGGAAAAGAUUCAAAGAGAAGUCCACUCUCAAGAGACACAUGGUGGUCCACACGGGAGAGAAACCGUGUCGCUGUGACGUCUGUGGGAAAAGAUUCACAAUCAGUUGUAACCUGAAGAGCCACAUGAGGCUCCACACCGGAGAAAAACCGUUUCACUGUGACGUCUGUGGGAAGAAAUUCACUCACAAACAUUCUCUCAACAUCCACAUGAGAAUUCACAAAGGAGAGAAACCGCGUGUUUGUGACGUCUGUGGGGAAAGAUUCACAAAGACGUGUAACCGUAAACAGCACAUGAGAAAUCACCAUGUUUCGUUAACCGCGUAGACGACGUCGAUGUUUCUGACUUCAUCAUGUUCAUUUUAAGUAUUUCAACUCUAGUGUCUGUCAUGGACAUUAGGGCUGGGCGAUAUGGACUAAAAGUUAUAUUUUUUAGUUGAAUGGCGAUACUCGAUCUAUAUCUGGAUAUUUUUUCUGUGAUGUCAUUGGGGUUUCUCCCAAAUCAUUAUAGCAUAUUAGAUCAAAAGUUUUCCAGAGGCAAACCCUUUAAAAACUAAACAGUCCGUUAUAAGUUUAAGCCACAUGCCAAAGGUCAGAGGUCACUGAAAUAAAAUAAAACAAAUCUCUUUCCUGUAUGACAAUAAUAUACAGUCAUUCAUUCAAAAAUACAAUACUGUUACACUUUAUAAAAUUGAAACGAACAUUAUACCCUAUUUCCCCCAUUAAAAUAGUUCCCUGGUGUCCUAAUGAACAUGUCAGUGACAUGCUUUGGUCAAAAUACCAUAAGGAUGAAGCAUCAUAGCAGUUCAAUAAACCUGCUAAACCCGCCCCUUUCAGAACGCUUCGUUUUGUGCAUGUGUAACCGGGUUAUACUUUAACCCGUAAUACUUCCAUGUAAAUAUGUUAAAACAAAAAAAACUAAGGGUCUGGGAUCACCACUUGAAAUAGAAUAAAAAUGUGUGUCCUGGUUCGAGAUUUUCUUAAAGAGGACACAGUUAUGAAUUGAGUGAACUACAUAACUGAUAUCUCUUUGACUAUGGAGAAUGAUUGACUUCACACAAAGAAACUCACACAAUUGUAUUGUCUUUUUGAUAUCAAAAUUAUUAUUUGCAAAAAAAAUAUAUAUAUAGAUACAUAGAUUAAAUAAAAAAAAAAAAACAGUUGGCAACUUGUACAAAACUUCCCCAACAGAAAUGAUAGUAAUAAAAAAAAAUACUCUGCCCACUAAUUUAUUAGUGCAGUUAAUGUUGAGCUAAAAAAAAAAUAUUUUGAACUCCGUGGAAAUCCUUGGUGUAGGAAAAAUCUUACUGGGUGAGCAACCGACGUUCAUCCAGAACCCAGGCCUGAAGUUCAGAAUCCCGCCUGUAGCUUGGCCACAAUCUUCUUCCCCUCCUUGCAGGGUGACUCCGUCCCUCUUCGCUCAGGUACAGCGCUUUUCCUCGCUCGCUCGCUCUCUCUCUCUCUCGACGCACACACACACACCAGCCGCGCUAUGUGACGUCCUUCUCCUAAUGUGAAUAUACAAUGAGUGUCAGACACCACCAUAAAAAGUCCACUGAAAUAUUUCCACUCAUAAGGAGCUGACUUAUGACGUCCUUCUCCUUCAACAGUCGGAUCGGAAA